GUCAUCACAUGCCGCAAGGGAGCCGUCUGCCAGGGCCAUUCGUUCUCCAAGCCCUGUCUAGCCAGGAAAGGCCUCCAUCAGAGGUUCGGAAGAGGACCGUGGUGGUUGCUGCACCAUGAUAUAAUGGAAAAAAAAAAGAGGGGCGGGCGGUAACCAGCAGGGUUUUCCGGCGGCAAAAAAAGUCACGUGGCGAGGGGGGGCUCUGACGACAUGAAUUGGACAGAGGCGUGUUGUGAGCCAAGAGGACGAAGAGUUGUCAGUCUCUCAAGGCCAAAAGGGCGUCUGGGACACGCAGGGACGACUAUACAAGAAGGUUUUGAUGGCAGAGACGGGAGCGAACCAUAAGCGAUAUGUGCAGCAGCUCCAGAAGGAGCUGGAGAAGUUCCAGCAGGCGCCGAAGUACUCGCUGGACUCAGAAGAGGUGUUCUGCACAUGUAGAAGACCGGACAAUGGGGAGUUGAUGGUGGCGUGCGACGGCUGCGACGAGUGGUUCCACUUUAAGUGCAUGGGGCUUGACAAGCGGAACAAGGACUUGGUGCGUAACUUCUACUGCAAGUUCUGCGAUGUGCUACAGCGCAAGGGCAAGUCGGUGUGGAAGAAGAAGUGCAAGGUGGCGGCGUGCUACAAGCCGAUCGAUGGCGAAAGCCAGUUUUGCUCGACGGAGCACGGGGAGCAGUACUGGCGGGAGUUUUUGGACAGGUUUGGUGCGUCUGCGGGGACGGGGGCGCCGCUGGGGAUAGAGCACAACUCGACGGAGCUUCUCAGCAGGCAGCAGGCGGAAAACCUGAUCCAGCUCUUGUCCACGCGGGAGGAGCUGCUUGCGGUUGGAAACACCCUGCCUGUGUUUGACAAGGGCCCGCUGCAAUCCACGCCGAGCCAGGAGACGGAGAUGGCCGCCAACAGGGCAGCAGUGGGCGCCCUGUCGGAGGAGAGUGAGAACUUGAAGUUCAAGCUCGGGUACCUGUUGAAGCUCAAGGACAUUCUGGUCCACCUCAAUGAGCUGCUCACGGUCUCGAUGGAUCCCGAAAACCAGGCCAUGCUGGACACGGAUGGGACGCUCGGGGAGGGCGAGGAGGUGGCCAAGCUAGGGGAAAAGAAGAAGAAGAAGUCUAGGACCAGCAAGAAGGUGAAGAAGUUCAGAAUCGACAUCUGUGGGUUUGACCAGAGGAUACUCAACGACGAAAAGACGUGGGCCGAGUUCAAGAAUAGCUCCGAAUGCGAGGACAUGAUGAGAUUUGAGAAUUUCACUCCUGAGGAGAAGCGUCUAAUCACCGAGCACUACGAGGCCUUGAAAGGCCCGGCAGCGUCCACAGCAAGCUGUGGUUCCACAAUUCUAGCAAAAAUAUGCACAGCAGACAAGCGUAAAUGUCACUUACAUAAUGGCUGGUACAGCAUGAUCAAAGACGGCCUCGAGUUGAAGAUUGGGGAAAACUCGGCUGAGGUGGAUAAAAAAGUACGGGAUAACGAAAAGCUGGAAAAAUUCAUACAAAUCAAGAACUGGAAACUGUACUGCAACGAAGAGUAACACCCUCUAAUCUCUCCUUUCUUCUCCCUUCUCCCUUCUCCCUUCUCCCUUCUCCCUUCUCCCUUCUCCCUUCUCCCUUCUCCCUUCUCCCUUCUCCCUUCUCCCUUCUC